AUGCCUGGACUUACACUUCCAACCUUCACCCGUGCCGAGGUCGAAGAGCACAACUCAGAGGGCUCUUGCUAUGUCACGAUUGGCAACAAGGUCUACGAUAUCACCGAAUUUAUUGAGGAUCAUCCUGGCGGUCCCGAAUACGUUCUCGAAUAUGCCGGCCGAGAUAUCGAAAAGAUCCUCAAAGACUCUGAUUCGCAUACACAUUCUGACUCUGCCUACGAAAUCCUCGAUGAGAGCCUAGUCGGAUUCCUCGUAUCCGAAAAGUCCGUCAACGGACAUGCCAAUGGAACUGCCAACGGCAAUGGCAGUGCGAAGCUGUCCAACGGGGACGCCAAUGGCACAGUCCAUCCUCGAACCGGGAUGUCAUGCGAGGAAGACUUGAGCAAGGAAACAGACUACAAUAUGGACUACAAGAAGAACAAGUUUCUUGACUUGAAUCGCCCUCUUUUCCCUCAGCUUUGGUUCGGUGGAUUCACUAAAGAAUUCUACCUGGAUCAGGUCCAUCGUCCUCGCCACUACAAGGGCGGCCAAUCCGCACCUCUGUUUGGAAACUUCCUCGAACCUCUCUCCAAGACUGCUUGGUAUAUAGUUCCUAUGAUUUGGCUGCCAUGCAUUUCAUAUGGCACCUACAUCGCCUCUCAAGGCUACGACAACCAGCUCUACACUCUUGGCUACUGGGUCUUUGGUGUCUUCUUCUGGACUAUCAUUGAAUACGUUCUGCACCGCUUUUUGUUCCACCUUGACUACUAUCUGCCUGAUAACCGCGUAGGAAUCACUCUGCAUUUCGUCCUCCACGGUAUCCACCAUUAUCUUCCCAUGGAUAGGUACCGUCUUGUUAUGCCACCCACUCUCUUCGCUCUUUUGGCUACUCCUUUCUGGUGGAUAGCUCAUAGCCUCCUCUGCCACAACUGGUAUGCUGCAGUAGCAGCCUACUGCGGCGGUGUCUUUGGAUAUGUCUGUUACGAUCUUACGCACUACUUCCUUCACCACCAAAACUUGCCUCUGUGGUACAAGGACCUCAAGAAGUACCACCUUGCUCAUCACUUCCUCGAUUAUGAGCUUGGUUUCGGGGUUACCAGCAGAUUCUGGGACACCAUCUUCGGUACUGAGCUUAUUUACGACACCAAGAAGACGAAAUAA